UGAAAUAAUGUAACUACGUAUACAUGUAUUUUUUGUCGUGUUUGUAUACUAUAGAUGGUGACAUUGAACAAGAAUCCUUCUACGAAUCCCAAGAAAUGGGCACAGGCAGCAGAGUUUGUGCCAGGGAAAUCAUUUCACGGGCCACUAGGUGAUUUUUCCAGUCUGGACAUAACGCAGGAUCAGUUCACAGCUGCCCCCCAGCUCUCGUACAGUGACAUGGCCUCAGGGGGUGAGGGGAGCUCAUUCCUAGACGUUAUCACGACUGAGGAGGCAGCUGCUCUGCUGUGUCCGUUUGCUGAGAUGGGAGCAUGUCCGUUCGGAGAAAGUUGCGAGUAUCUCCAUGGAAAUCUGUGUGACAUGUGCAAUCGAGAGUGUCUCAAUCCUUCCGAUCCUGAGCAACAAAAAGCACAUAAGAAAGAGUGCUUAGAGAUGCACGAAAGAGAAAUGGAGAGAGCCUUUCAAAUCCAAGAGACUGAGGAUAAGAAAUGUGCCAUUUGUUUGGAGUAUGUCAGUGGAAAGCUCGUCAGAUCUGAGCAGAGAUUUGGACUUCUUCCUAAUUGUGACCAUUGUUUCUGUCUCACUUGCAUCCGCAAAUGGAGGCAAACCACCCACACACAGAAAAGAACUAUCAGAGCCUGUCCACUUUGCAGAACAGUGUCCUUCUUUGUUAUACCGAGUGAGGUGUGGAUUGAUGAUCCUGAUCAAAAGUCUAAACUUGUUGGUGCCUACAAGGGGAACUUAUCAGCUAAGCACUGCAAGUACUUUGACAUGGGUAAAGGCACGUGCUCAUUCGGUAGUAGCUGUUUCUAUAGACAUGAGUACCCUGAUGGAACAAUAGCUAAGGAGGAGCCUCGUUAUUUGACUGAUUCUGAUGGGGACAGAAAACCGAUUAGAAACAAUACUCUGUGGGAGUUUCUGAACGAUCGCGAGGAUCGUCCAACCACGGCCCCCCAACCUACUGAGGAGACCUUGACGGACGCACAAGAUGAAGUAUUACGUCGUUUUCAGGAGGAGAUCUUCGAGGGCAGGGACUGGUUCGAGAGCAACACUGAUGAACUUCAUGACUUUUUGUGAUUAUAUAAUUAUAGCUAGCCAAUUUUUUUAUCUUAUAUAAAUAUAAUACUUAUGUAAUUGUGCUAGCAGAUGUUAUUAGGUACUUAUAUUGAUGCAGUAUAAUUAUUAUUAUUCCUUGUCUGCAAUUAUAUAUAUAUACAUGUUAAUUGGUUAUAAUUGUUAAUUGGUUUUAA